AUGAUAGCUCGACGCGGCACGCCUACGGUUCUCUACUCCGACAACGCCACUAAUUUUUACGGAGCGGAGCGAGAACUAGCCGAGGCCAAAAGGACGCUGCCAGACAGUCUAAAGCCAUUCCUGACUGAACGAGCGAUUACCUGGAAGAAGAUACCGCCCGGCAACCCUUCCGCCGGCGGUGCCUGGGAGCGACUCGUGGGCAGCGUAAAAACGGCGUUAAAAGUUAUAUUGAAAGAGAGAGCACCCCAUGAAGAGGUCCUGCAUACGCUGUUACUAGAAUCCGAGCACAUAGUGAACUCCAGACCACUGACGCCGGUGAAUCCAGAUUUAGACGUCGAAGCCUUGACACCGGCAGCCACUUUCUCAUCGGCCGCGUGCUCCAUCAAUGAAGCUAAGAAGAAAGGGGAGGCCACAGACGUCGUAAAGCCGCUCUUCAAUAUCUACGGGCUGGAGACGGAGAAGCGGCUUAAAAUCGCCGUCAGAGGCCUUCCCGCGAGGACCCCGCUACAAGACUUCCUGGACGCAAUGGAGAAGCAAGGACACCCCGUGGAAUACGCAAAGGAAAUCCCCGCGAGAGCGGGACGCUCGGGCUCAAUUUACUUCGUGCAGCUCGCGGGGACCGCCCGGGAUCACGCGAGCGUCUACGGGGUGGCAGAGCUGCUCCAUAUCCGAGGAGUGAAGGUGGAGGCAUGA